AUGUCUGCUUCCUCUGCUUCGCGUCGUCUCAUCUCGGUCUCCAAGUACAAAGUUUUUCUCUUCGAUAUUGAAGGUACGACCACACCAAUCGUUUUUGUGGCAAAUACUCUCUUCCCAUACAUUAGAAACACUCUCCAAAAUUACCUCUCUCAAACAUGGAACGAAGAACAAACCAGAAAUGACGUCCGAGCUCUCCGAGAACAAGCAGAAAAAGAUAAACACGACGAAAAUUUCAAAGAUGCUCCACUGAUUGAUCCCGAAUCACAACAAUCCAUCAUUGACAAUGUCUUUUACAACAUGAAUAAGGACAGAAAGAUGACUGCUCUCAAACAACUUCAAGGACACAUGUGGAAGAGUGGAUACGAGAAUGGACAAUUGCGUGGCGAACUCUAUGAUGAUGCCUUUCACUUUUUUGAGAGAAUUCGUGAUCAUUCUUGUAAAAUUUAUAUUUAUUCGAGUGGCAGUGUUCAAGCACAAAAGUUGUUAUUCCAAUAUUCCACUCAUGGAAAUUUAUUGCCUUUCAUUUCCGAUCAUUUCGAUACUUCAAAUAUUGGAAAUAAGUUAGAGAAGGAGAGUUAUGAAAAGAUUGUGGACAAGAUUGGAGUGAAUAAGAGUGAAAUUUUGUUUUUAACGGACAAUAUUGGAGAAGCUGAAGCUGCGAGAGAAGCAGGUGUGGAUGCAGUGCUGUCAGUGAGACCUGGAACCAAAGCAUUGCCUGAAAAUCAUACAUUUGAAGCAGUGACAUCUUUUAAUGAUCUUGAAUUUUGUUAA